UUUCCAGCAAUUUUUGGCGAAUGCUUCGGCGAAAAUUUUUUUAAAAAUGGCGAACUAAACUGACAAAGAUAAAUUUUAAAAAAAAUCUUUAAAGCAAAGAAAAAUGCUUUUAAAUGGCAUAGCAAUGCCCGAAGGCUACAGUGUUUACGGUCACCAAGUCGCUGGGCAUCGAUUUGAAACAGGAAAGCAAGGUUAAAUAUUAUUUUUAGCUGGAACAUUUUAUAUGUAUAUGCAAAUGAUGAAUGAUUAUUUAUAUGAAUUGUAGUUUUUGUCGAGUAAUUUUUGUUUACAGACAUGUUGGGGGCAAUAUAUAUUGAGUAUUUGUCAGCCACAAUAUUUCAGUAAUUUGUUAAAAUUCUGUAAGGUUGAUUCAUCGCACACUGAUUGCAGUCAUUGAUGAUGAUGAUCAUGAUUAAUUAUUGUCAUAUUCACAUUAUCAUUGAGUAUCAUCAUCAAAAUCAUUGAUCACAAUUAUUGGUCAUCAUAAUUGAUUAUCAUAAUCAUUAUUAUUGAUCACCAUCGUCAAUGAAUGUUAUGACUACCAUUGUCAUCAAAGAUUAAUUACAUUAGAUCAUAGUGAUGAUUGUAUUGAUUGAUUAUCAUUGAUCACCAUCUUCAAUGAUCAUCAUUCACUAUCAUAAUGAUUGAUCACAUUUGAUCAUAGUAAUGAUUGAUUAUCGCUAUUAUUGAUUACCAUAAUGAUCACCAUGACAUUUAUCACAUCUUUAACUCAUAUUAUCAUUUAUCACCAUCCUCAUUAUUGAUUGCCAUGCUCAUUAUUAUUGAUCACCUUGAUCAUUUUCACUCAGCAUUAUCAUUGCCAAUCAUCAUUAAAAUAUUGAUAGCCAUUAUCAUCAUACAUAAUCACAAACCUUAUUCCUCUAAUUCUAGGCAUGCUGUUAGACAGUGAUGGUAAAUUACUCAAACCAAUCCAAGCACCACCCAGAGGCGAAAGAGAGGUGGAGUUUUAUCAGUCUCUCUUUGAAUGCAAAACUUCUGAUCAAACAACUUUAAAACUUUGUCAAUUUGUUCCAGCAUUUUAUGGUGUGAAACAUGUUGUUUCCCCAGAUUUAUCAUUGAAAGAUAUCCUUGAUCAUAUGCGACUUACGGCUGGUUUACAAUCUCAACAUUUCUUUGGUCAAAACAUAGUUAAUAGAAAACAGUGUUCUCUAUUAACUAUGGUCAAAAUAUUAAAACCAGUAUUUACUAUAGGUCUAAAACUUUAUGAUAGAUCAAAAUAGUAGUAUCACACACACCUUUACUAAUUAGUCAACACUAAUGGAGUCGGCACUCGGGGUUUGUGGUAUAUUUCUAGUAUCCUGAUGAUACCAAUCAACUUUUCUUACUUUGAGACAGGUUUUCAGUUUUGAUUCCAGUUUGAGAAAUGCUGGUAUCCAAAAUGGAUUCCAGAAAAAAUUCUAAUCUCAAGCAAAGUGAGCAGCUCCAGCCACACAUGGGGAUUGAAACCAAUAAAACAGGCAGUGGAAAUCAUCUGAAGUUAGACAGAGUAAAAUAAUAAAGCAGUCAACUUAAUGGUAAAAAUUGUGUACGUCCUUAACACUUUCAACUAGAUAAUUACAUUAUUCUUGAAAAUCUUACAAGACAUUUUAAGAAGCCUUGCAUACUUGACAUCAAAAUUGGCAAAAGUAUCACAGACCACUUAGCGACCCAGGCUAAGCGAGAAAGAGCAGCGAGAAAAUAUCCAGAACAAGAACAGUUUGGUUUUAGAAUACUUGGCAUGAAAGUUUACAAUAAGUCAAGCAAGCAUUUUAAAUUCUACGACAAGACAUUUGGAAAGAACUUGAAGACGCACAAGGAGGUUUUAACAGGUAAUUAUGACCUGAUUUGUGUCAAAGCCGAGGUGUGUACUGGUUUUCCUUUGACAAAGUAAAAUAUUGUGGCUUCGUAAGCAAAGUAAAAAUUUGGGUGGCCAAGUGGUUAGCGCACUUGCCUUUCACCUCUCAGGCCGCAGGUUGAAGCCUCAGUGAGUACUUUCUCAAUGCGACUUGAACCCAGUCCUCAUGUGAAAAGAGUAAAAGUCAACGCUCUGUCGAAAGUUGUGGGUUUUCCCUGGGUACUCCGGUUUCCUCCCACAGGGAAAGUGGACAGGGUGGGUUAGGUAAAAGGGCCCACAGUAAUUGGCACAUGCUGUUGUGGUGACCCUGCCCUAGUUAGCAAAGCUAAAUAAAUAAAUAACACUUGUAAUUAAGUAGGAAUAGUGGGUUAAGAUGUACCAUUUUUCAUAUCUACCUUUUAGGCCUUAAAGAAUUCUUCUGCUCAGCUGAGCAUGGAAAAGGGCAUAUUGAAGAAAUUCUAGAAAAUUUGGAAGCAAUCAAAAUUUGGGCUGUUGAGCAAAGAAUAUUUAGACUUUACUCUAGUUCAAUUCUUAUUAUAUACGAAGGCGAUGAAACACUUAAAACCAACGGUUUGGUGAAAGAAAAUUCCAACAGUGAUCUUAAUGCAAACGAUGAUACCUCUGGAGAUAAUGAAAUGGACAGUAUGGUAGAAGACACGGAGAAUGCCUUUCAAUUUCAAGCAAGCGAUAAUUCCUGUAAAAUACAAGCACAAUUAUGCACAGAAACUUUAGUGGCUCAAAACGAGUGUUCAAACUGUGUGACAGAUUCUUUGGUAAAAUGUUGGAACAAGCGUGAUUGCUACCUGGAAAAUAAUAUACAACCUCAAAAACCAAAAGUUAACAUACGUUUAGUAGACUUUGCUCAUACCUACAUUGGACAUUAUGAUGCACCAGAUGAUAAUUAUCUAUAUGGCUUGAAUAAUCUAAUUUGUUACUUUGAACAACUCAUUAGAUAGCAGUCUUAAGUAUUUUUUAAAUGCUUAAUAGUUUAAAUGCUUAAUAGAUAGUUGUGUUUGAUUCUGAUUGUAUAUAUAUAUUUAUUAUAGAAUCUAUCUUGACUCGUUUAUUUCUUGACAAUAUUUAUUUAGUUUAGGUCUCCACCUGUAGUAAUACUGGAAUAAAAAAGA